AUAUAGACGGUUUGGGAGAAAACAGUAAACAGAGAUUCUUUCAGAUUUCAUCUAAAAUGCUGCAAGGAUCAAAUAUUUUGGGGCAUGAGAGGCCCUUGGUCAUUCGGGUGUCUUUCGCCUCAUGUGUGUUGGGUACAGUUUGCCUACCACUGCUUGGACUAAUCACUUGUGUCUUCAUAUCUUCUAUUUUUCAUUUUGAGGACUCCACUGGUACUCAUUGCCAGGUUCCUAAUUAUCUGCCAUCCAUUAGUGCCUCUAUUAGUCUAAGUCCUGAGUGCCACAUAUGGCGGUUCUGCAUCGGACUACACUCAGCCCCCAGGUUCCUGGUGGCUUUCACCUACUUUAAGUUUUACAAGGCACGUUUCACCUCGAGGUUUCCUGAGAGUUUGCUCAGCUGCCUGAGCCUGGUGUUCUCUAUCUCUGAAAACCUUGGCCUCUUGCUUCUCACAUAUGUGUCAUCCAGUGAAACAUACUUUGUACAUAAGGAGGGUUUUGUGCUGUUCAUUAUCAGCUCUAUUAUCUACAUGUCGAUAACCUGUCGUUUAUGGAGGACUAUAAAGAAACAUUCAUUAAAUCCUGAGGAUGCAAAGUCUCACCAUUGGAAAGUACGUUUCCUGGUCCUCAAUGCAUGUUUCUGUGCUUUUGCUGGAUUCUUCUACUGGAAACACAACAUGUACUGUGAAUCAGGAAGUUACACAUUUUUUGCCCUGUUUGAGUAUCUAGUGGUCUUCUCCAACAUGGCCUUCCAUCUCACAGCCGUAUGGGACUUUAAGAGCAGGGAGGUCAUGGUUGUUUCAUCCUCUGAGGACAAAGACUUCUGACUAGAAACUCAAGGACUAAGUGAUAAGUACACGACCGCCACGCCUGGAGGUAAUGACCCAGAGCUGGUUCAAGAGGAAGAGUGGAACGAAGAACUUUUCCACAUAUUUCCAUGAUGGCAGCUCGGACAGAAGAUGUCAGGCAUGGACAAAAAAAAAAAAAAAAACACAAGACAAGACAAACAAAGGUGCAAAUAUAUGGGCUCAGAUUAGUGAGCUCAGAGUGUGUGGCACAGUGAUGCCUUCAUCUACUGACAGUUUUAAUGUAAUUUCAACGUUUUUACAAUGCACAGUAAGUUUAUGGUCAUGUUGUUUGUGCCAAAGUAAAGUGACCUUUCUUCAAGUUUGAUUGACUUUCAGUUUGUACUUUUAUUUGCAAAAAGGGAAAAUAUCUUUACAUGAUUUCAUAAUGAAUGGACAUAAGCAGGGGAAGAGUAUUUGUACUGAAUAUGACUGCAAAUGAUGACCUGAAUUUCCAUGCAGGCUCUAAUUUUAUCAUUGUAAAUUUUUGAUCAGUUUUCAGAACUGGAUUCUGCGUACUUCAUGUGUCCUCAAUCUUAAUCUACUUCAGGUAUUAUGAGCCCACAGCGCUUACCACCACAGUGACCCAAAAGUUAAUACUGCUGGAUAAAACCAAGGUAUCAAAUGAAACUUGUAUUUUUUGCCAGCAUUGGCUUUAAAAAAGUGAAAUUAAACUGAACGGAAAUUGAGGUCUGCAAGUAUGUGUACAUGUCUCAACAUCACAUUGUGAGGACCAGCUGACUCAUUACAUGUACUCAGUGUAAUGCAGGUUUUACUAUGGGUCAGGUUUCAUGGAUGUCUUUAAGUUUUGUCAAAUAUCUUGAUUCAUGCCUGUGUUACUGUAGAGACCAGUUGGUGGUGAUGUACUGGACUGGAUUAAAUUAAAUCAAAGUGGUGACUCAGUGUUAACAGUUAUUCUAAUGGAUUAUUAUUCAAGGAUACAUUAAUCUUUAUAGUGCAAACACAUUUCCUCAUAAAUACCACAAGACAUGCAGCCUAAAUAAAGCUACCAAUUAGAAACAACCAAAGAGUUACUUCAGAAAUUUACAAAACUGUCUAUUUUUACCUAAAAUAUGAUCAUUUAAUUCAUUAUCACAAACCCAAUGAGGCUGAAGUAAAUGGAAAAGGAAGGAAAUAAGUUAACUUGUCCUUAGAUGCUACAAAUGCAUAAAUGCUGUGUAAUAUUUUAUAUCUUUUAUUGGGAAAAAUGUGGAUUUAGUCACACAACAAUACAAAAAAAUAGGAUUUUUGAAGGAUUAUAAUCACUAAAUUCCAUGAUGAAGUGAUACUCAUGAUAUCUUGAAAACUAUAGCCACUUAUACCACUUUGACUUUUCCACAAACAAUGCACAAGCGAAAACUUCUUUAAAAAUUAAAUCACAUUAAAUACUGAGUUUUAUUUGUGUUUUAUACACAUUUUAGUGUGAAUGCAUAGCUAAAAUUUAUGUCUCUCUGAAACCCUCUGUUGCUGCUGUUUUGGCUAGGACACUCUUAAG